AUGUCCUGGUCACAGAAAAACUUCACUCUGCCCACCCGCAGCCGCGGCUCCUACCUCAUCACUGACCAUGUUCUCCAAGAGGUGCCCGAGAUUCGCGACUACAAAGUCGGCAUGCUGAACCUCUUCGUGCAGCACACGAGUUGCGCACUUUCGCUGAACGAGAACUGGGACGACGAUGUCCGCGCCGAUAUGAGCGAUGCGCUUGAUCGCAUUGCACCUAUGGAUAAGAAGGGGAACUUGUACCGCCAUUCUGCGGAGGGCGAGGAUGAUAUGCCGGCUCAUAUCAAAUCUGCCCUCAUUGGCGCGUCGGUAAACAUCCCGAUUACGAACGGUCGGUUGGCAACCGGAACAUGGCAGGGCAUUUGGUAUCUGGAAUUCCGCACAAGCCGACACAGCCGCAAGGUUGUCGCGACAAUCCAGGGCCAGAAGAUGGCAUGA